AUGAGCGUUCUCUUUGAUGAAUCACUCGCUCGAAAACUCGUGAUUGUCUUGACAAGCGACAUCAUGUCCCAGGCACACCAUCCUCUUCACCUCUUCGACCUACCACCCGAGAUCCUAUCCCAGAUUCUCAGACCGCUCCUCCAGCCUGAGCCGCCAUCCUCAAUACCCAUCAUCUCCCUACCCGCGCCGCCCACCUACGUCGUGCCCUCCUUUGUCUUGUCCGUCCUCCUUGCCCACCCGCUGCUGUACUCGCUGGGCGUUUCGCUCCUCUACGCCCCCGACCAGGAGUUCUACCUCGACACCAGCGGACCCAAGUACGCCUCCGUCAAGCGCACCUUUAUCGCGCGGGACCUCCUGUGCGGCUCCACCGACGCCCUCGACAAGGUCCGCUGGCUGUCCCUCACCGUCGAUAGGCUGCGCGGGUGGAUGACGGAUGACAUUGUGCCCGUCCUGACCUCGCUCAUUCUACACGGCAGCCUGGAGCGCGUGGACGUGUACAUCCACACGGACGUCUCCGCGCGGCACUUUGUGGUGCUGAACCAGAGGAGGAUGGAGGAGGGCGGCCCGCUGCGCGCGCUGCUGCACUUACUGGCGGAUCCGGAUCUAAGGAGCGGAAGGUUGUUCAUCCAGAGGAGGCAUAGCCUCGGCUGGUGUCGUUAUCACGACAAAGACUCUGGAGAAGAGGAUCCGCAGUCGCGCAAGUGGGUGGAGGUGCGGUGGCAAGAUGUGCUGCAGGCAGGCGCUGGACAGGACGGCGAGGUGGUUUGA